AUGAGGUGGAGUACCAUCCUACAGCAAUAUUAUUUUCUCUUGGUUACAUGUCUACUUACUGCUCUUGAAGCUGUGCCUAUAGACAUAGACAAGACAAAAGUAAAAGGUGCUCAACCUGUGGACAGUGCAAAGAUAGAACCACCAGAUACUGGACUAUAUUAUGAUGAAUAUCUCAAGCAAGUGAUUGAUGUGCUGGAAACAGAUAAUCAUUUCAGAGAAAAGCUCCAGAAAGCAGACAUAGAGGAAAUAAAGAGUGGGAGACUAAGCAAAGAGCUUGAUUUAGUAAGUCACCAUGUGAGGACAAAACUUGAUGAACUGAAAAGACAAGAAGUAGGAAGGUUAAGAAUGCUAAUUAAAGCUAAACUGGAUUCCUUUCAAGAUACAGGCAUAGACUACCAUGCUCUUCUAAAACAAUUUGAUCACCUAAACCACAUGAAUCCUGACAAGUUUGAAUCUACAGAUUUAGAUAUGCUAAUCAAAGCAGCUACAAGUGAUCUGGAAAACUAUGAUAAGACUCGACAUGAAGAAUUUAAAAAGUAUGAAAUGAUGAAGGAACAUGAAAGGAGAGAAUAUUUAAAAACACUGAAUGAAGAAAAGAGAAAAGAAGAAGAAUCUAAAUUUGAAGAAAUGAAGAAAAAGCAUGAAAAUCAUCCCAAAGUUAAUCAUCCAGGAAGCAAAGAUCAACUAAAAGAGGUAUGGGAAGAAGCUGAUGGAUUGGAUCCUAAUGACUUUGACCCCAAGACAUUUUUCAAAUUGCAUGAUGUCAAUAAUGAUGGCUUCCUUGAUGAACAAGAAUUAGAAGCCCUAUUUACUAAAGAGUUGGAGAAAGUAUAUGACCCCAAAAAUGAAGAGGAUGAUAUGGUAGAAAUGGAGGAAGAAAGGCUUAGAAUGAGGGAACAUGUAAUGAAUGAGGUUGAUUCUAACAAAGACCGAUUGGUGACUCUAGAAGAGUUUUUGAAAGCUACAGAAAAAAAGGAAUUCUUGGAGCCUGAUAGCUGGGAGACAUUAGAUCAGCAACAGUUUUUCACAGAGGAAGAACUGAAAGAAUAUGAAAAUAUGAUCACCUUACAAGAAAAUGAACUUAAGAAGAAAGCAGAUGAGCUUCAGAAACAAAAAGAAGAACUACAACGUCAGCAUGACCAACUUGAGGCUCAGAAGCUGGAAUAUAAUCAGGUCAUACAGCAGAUGGAACAAAAAAAAUUACAAGAAAUUUCUCCAUCAGGGCCUGGUGGAGAAUCAAAGUUCGAGCCACUCAUUUGA